CGGAAAAACUAACUUUUUUUAGCGGAAGCCCCAUCCACACACCGCUCCUCCCAUUUUCACAGUUGUUCGUCAAAGUGAAAGUAUAAUCCAUCGGCAAAUAUUGGAAUUUAAUGAAAACAGAAACAUCUUUACACAAUUUUAAUGGAAUCAGAUGGAAAUCCGCAUUAUGAGAAACUAUCCUCAGAUAUGUUUCCACACAGACCAGAUCCUCCAGAACCCAGCUGUGUGUCCAUGAAGAGUGACUGGUCAAUGGAUCAUCCUCCUGAGUUUAGUGGACACAAUGAAAAGUCUAGGUUAACGAUACCAGAACUCAGCUGUGUGUCCAUGAAGAGUGACUGGUCAAUGGAUCAUCCACCUGAGUUUAGUGGACACACUGAUCUUGGGUUAAGAUCAAACCUGCCAGAAUCCAGCUGUGUGUCCAAGAAGAGUGACCAGUCAGUGGAUCCUCUGCGUAACUUUAGUGGACACAUCUGGGGUCAAUCUGAUCUUGGGUUCAGACAUGACCCUGCUGAACCCCUCAAGUUAUUUAGAUCAAAUCUGAUGAAGAAGUUUGAGUGUCUGUGUGAGGGAACAGCGACGCAGGGAAACCCAACACUGCUGAAUGAGAUUUACACAGAGCUCUGCAUCACAGAGAGUGAGAGUGGAGAGAUCAAUAAUGAGCACGAGGUGAGACAGAUUGAGACACAGUCCAGGAGAGCAGCAACAGAGGAGACACCGAUCAAAUGCAGUGACAUCUUCAGACCUUUACCUGGACAAGACAAACCUAUCAGAACUGUGCUGACAAAGGGAGUUGCUGGCAUUGGAAAAACAGUCUCUGUGCAGAAGUUCAUCCUGGACUGGGCUGAAGGGAAAGAGAAUCAGGACCUCCAGGUCAUAUUUCCACUUCCUUUCAGAGAACUCAACUUGAUGAAGGACAAAACACUCAGUCUUUUAGGUCUUCUGCAGGUCUUCAUCCCUGAAACCAAAGAAUUAGAAAUAUCCAGUGAUGAAUAUAAAAUGUUGUUCAUCUUUGAUGGUCUGGACGAGUGCCGUCUUUCCUUAAACUUUGACAGCAAUGAGACUCUACAGGAUGUGACCAAAGAGACAUCAGUGGACGUUCUGCUGACGAACCUAAUUGUGGGGAAUCUGCUUCCCUCUGCUCUCAUCUGGAUCACCUCCAGACCAGCAGCAGCUGAUCUCGUCCCCUCUGAGUGCAUCCAUCGAGUGACUGAGGUACGAGGCUUUAAUGAUCCACAGAAGGAGGAAUACUUCAGGAAGAGAAUCAGAGAUCAGAGUCUGGCCAACAGGAUCAUCUCACACCUGAAGUCAUCAAGGAGCCUCUUCAUCAUGUGCCACAUCCCUGUCUUCUGCUGGAUCUCAGCUACUGUUCUGGAGAAGAUGAUGAGUGAAGCAGAGAGUGGAGAGAUUCCCAAGACUCUCACUCAAAUGUACACACACUUCCUGAUCAUUCAGACCAACAUCAAACAUGAGAAGGACUAUGAGAAGAAAGUGAAGGAUGAAGACAUGAUCCUCAAACUGGGGAAACUGUCUUUCCAGCAGCUUGUGAAAGGAAACCUGAUCUUCUAUGGGGAAGACCUGAGAGAGUGUGGCAUUGAUGAGACUGAAGCAUCAGUGUACUCAGGAUUGUGCACUCAGAUCUUCAGAGAGGAGUUGGGCUUGUAUCAGGGAAAAGUGUUCUGCUUUGUUCAUCUGAGCAUUCAGGAGCAUCUCGCAGCUCUAUAUGUGCUGCUUUCAUUCCUGCUGGACAAGAGGGAUGUGCUCAAUGAAAAGCUCAGCUCAAAACAUGCACAUGAGUUCACAUGUCACACAAUAUCUGACCUGCAUCAGAGAGCCGUGGACAAGGCUUUACAGAGUAAGAAUGGACAUCUGGACCUUUUCCUCAGAUUUCUUCUGGGUCUCUCGCUGGAGUCCAAUCACACGCUCCUGAAAUAUCUCCUGACACACACUGCAAACAUCUUGUACAGAGAAGAGAAAACGAUUGAGUACAUUAAAACAAGAAUAAGAAUGAAUCGCUCACCAGAGAAAUCCAUCAAUCUGUUCCACUGUUUAAAUGAACUCGGUGAUCAGUCUCUCGUCAGUGAAGUCCAGGAGUAUCUCAGAUCUGGAGAACUGUCAAGCGCUAGACUGUCCUCGACACAGUGGUCAGCUAUUGUCUUCAUUUUUUUGACCUCAGAGCAGUUGGAUAAAUUUGAUUUGAGUAAAUACAUAAGCAGAGAGCAAAACCAAAACCACAUGACACCUGAUAAACUUCUUCUGAAGCUCUUGCCUGUCGUUGAAGCCUCCAGAUCAGCAGAGUUGAAAGGUUGUAGCGUCACAGCUGAAGGUUGUGCUGCUCUGAGUUCAGCACUGAGAUCAAACUCCUCACAGCUGAGAAAACUGAAUCUGUCUGAGAAUAAUGUAGGAGAUGCAGGAGUGAAGCUGAUCUCUGAUGCACUGAAGGAUCCUCACUGUAAACUGGAGAAACUGAGGUUGAGAUAUUGUGGCAUCACAGAUGAAGGUUGUGCUUCUCUGAGUUCAGCUCUGAGAUCAAACUCCUCACAGCUGAGAGAACUGGAUCUGACUGGGAAUAAAGUAGGAGAUGCAGGAGUGAAGCUGAUCUCUGAUGCACUGAAGGAUCCUCACUGUAAACUGGAGAUACUGAGGUUGUAUAAGUGUGGCGUCACAGCUGAAGGUUGUGCUGCUCUGAGUUCAGCUCUGAGAUCAAACUCCUCACAGCUGAGAGAACUGGAUCUGUCUAGGAAUAAUGUAGGAGAUGCAGGAGUGAAGAUGGUCUCUGAUGGACUAAAGGAUCCUCACUGUAAACUGGAGAAACUGAGGUUGUAUGAUUGUGGCGUCAGAGAUGAAGGUUGUUCUGCUUUGAGUUCAGCUCUGAGAUCAAACUCCUCACAGUUGAGAGAACUGGAUCUGUCUGUGAAUAAAGUAGGAGAUGCAGGAGUGAAGCUGAUCUCUGAUGCACUGAAGGAUCCUCACUGUAAACUGGAGAAACUGAUGUUGAGUAAGUGUGACGUCACAGAUGAAGGUUGUGCUGCUCUGAGUUCAGCUCUGAGAUCAAACUCCUCACAGCUGAGAGAACUGUAUCUGACUGGGAAUAAAGUAGGAGAUGUAGGAGUGAAGCUGCUCUAUGCUUUAAAAGAGGAUCCACGUUACAAACUGAAGACACUAAUGUAUUAAAUGAUGGAGAAUAUGGAUCAGGACAGACACAUUGAAGCCAACAGAAUCAUCAGAACUGAAGUCACAGUGAUCAAGCGCUGAUGUGUGUGAGUUACAUGAGUUUACAGAGACACUUUCACCAUAACUUGGAUUUUAACAACAGCAGCUGCACAGAGACAAAAGUUAGACAAAAAAAAUGUAAAGGGUCUGCUACUUUUAUUUGUAUCUUCUCAAAAUAAAAACUCAAAAUUGCAGAAAAACAGGAUGCUUCUCAUUUGCACAUCGCAAAUAUGAACAAACAAAUAAAAAAUAAACUUUCUAUUGCUUCCCACACAUGAGCUCUCCAGCAGAUCCUGAACAGUGAGGAAUAAUUCAGCUUUACCUCACAACAAAACUGUGACUGUGAUUAUGAAUGAGUGACAUGAUCAAGCAGAGGAUGUCAUUUAUUAUGAGGAAAUCAUUUAUUCAUAAUUACAUUAGUUACCAUGUUAAAUCUAGAUAAGCAUGUACUUGUUUUACUCGUUGUGCUAUUUCAGACCUUUAAUUUCCAUUUAGGCCCUAUUACUGACAGCAGAGAAUAAGUAAUAUUUAGAAUAAAAAUAUGUUGUCCUUUAUGCACAGGCAACUUUUCAAUACAUCUAAAUAUCACAAAACAAGUAUGUAUAUUUUAUGCUGUAUGAUAUGAUAAAAUCUAAAUUGUAUAUGCUUUAUGCUUUAUAUACAUCUUAUAUACCAAUAUGAUGUAAAAUAUGAUGAAUGUUGUAACACUAUUUGUUCUGAAUACGGUGUAAUAAGACUGUAAUCAUUAAUAAUAAUAAUCUCCGGCGCCUAAAAACACGUUUAAAACUCUCUUUAUGAUAUUUCUGAUGAUUGUAUUGUAUAUGAAUGUAAAGUAUUUUUUUGUACAUAAGAUUUAUUAAUCUCUUCCUCAGUGAAGUUGAGCUGAGUUAAUUCGGGGGUGAAUCCUGGAUGAUGAUGGUUUUUAAUGUCUCUGUCAAAUAUUAUGGUCAAGUUUGCUCAUCAAGUUAUUUUUAUGACAUAACUCCAAUUCUUAAAUCAUUAUUAUUUUUAAAAAAGUGGUGUGUGAAAAGCAGAAUAUUGUAGAUAUAUUUGUAUAAAUUUACCAGAAAUCUAAUGUAUCAACUCUUGAUCAAAUGAAACAAAAAAGAAAAAAAAACAUUAUUUCCCUAAACCAUGCAAACACAGUCAAACUAACAGUCUGCAUAACAAUCUUUAUGCUUAGUGAAAGAAAAUUUUGACAUUAUAUUACAUUUUAUUAAAUGCCACUAAAUUAAGUAAUGGAUUAAAAUAGCAAAAUCUCUAGGGCCUAAAAACAUGUAACCCGAGGGUUAAGCUGUAAUAUGUUCAAAACUCUCUUUGUGAUAUUUCUAAUUAUUCUAUUGUAUAUGAAUGUGAAGAAUUUUUUGUUAAAGAGAUUUGUUAAACUCUUCCUCAGUGAAGUUGAGCUGAGUUUCAUUUGUGGGGCCAGUGUUUGAUGAUGAUGUGAUAUCCUUAGGUUUGCUCUCCUGUUGAGUUAAUUUAUGACACAUCUGUCAUCCUCACAUCAUUAUCUUCAUUAAAAUUGGUUUAUGAAAAGUCA